UGUUAGUGUUUUUAAAGAUAUUCUAAAUUAUGUUGGUUGACGCUGAGAGUAGACCGCUGAUUGAAGACUCACCGAAUAGUUCUUAUGACACUGUGAUUGAAAACGCAACAGUUAAUAAUGGAAUUUGGUCUAUAGAUAAAGGGAGAAAGUCGGCUAGAAAUAAAUUGUUAAUGGCAGCAUUUACUUGCUUUGUAUUUAUGAUUGGAGAAAUAGUAGGAGGUUACUUAUCGGGCUCUUUAGCUAUAAUGACCGACGCUGCUCACUUGCUGAGUGAUUUUGCUAGUAUGCUUAUCAGCUUGUUUUCUCUUUGGAUUGCUGGGCGUCCAGCAACACAAAAAUUAUCGUUUGGUUAUCAUAGAGCAGAAAUCAUUGGAGCUCUUUUUUCCGUUUUUCUUAUCUGGCUACUUACAGGAUUUCUUGUAUAUGAGGCUGUUUUAAGGCUAAUUCACCGGAAAAUUGUUAAUGGCAAAAUUAUGUUUAUCACAGCAGCGUGCGGUCUUUGCGCGAACAUAUUUAUGGCUUUAGCGUUGGGCCACGGCCAUUCCCAUGGGCACUCUCAUCAUCAUCACGACGCUGACGAGGGUCAUUCCCACCGUCAUUCAAAUCAUUCACAUAUUCAUGAGACAAAUGAAUCGGAGGGGUCUUUAACGAGUCACGAUUCUGAAGAAACUGAAGAUCCAAUUAUGACAGACAUUACGAACAUAAAUGUAAGAGCCGCGUACCUUCACGUACUUGGAGAUCUCAUUCAGUCGCUGGGAGUCUUAAUAGCUUCCGUAGUGCUCUGGAUCAGACCAGAAUUCACAAUUGUGGAUCCGAUUUGCACGUUGCUUUUUUCUGUUAUUGUGAUGCUGACGACGAUUAGCAUAACAAGAGACGCUACGUUGGUGCUCAUGGAAGGCACGCCGCGAGGAUUCGACCGUUUGGCUCUAAUAGCCGCGUUGGAAGCCAUUCCGGGAGUGGCACACACACAUGAUCUCCACGUGUGGUCCCUAACUACUGGAAAACACGCAAUGGCGGUCCACCUGCAGCUUGAGGAGUCCGCCUACUUAUCGGAACGCCGUGAUACGAUUCUCGUGCGAGCUCAGCAUGUUGCGUGCAGAAAGUUCGGGGUUCACCACAGCACCAUUCAGAUCGAGUCAUUUGGAAAUCGCAACCACUGUCAAGCGAGCAAGAACGAAUGCAACUCGGUGUGCGGAUAACUGCCGUCCUUUCAAGGAAAAUAAAGAGUCUCUUUCCUUGAAAGCGAAAACUUUUCCAGAUCCGCUUUUAACGCUCCUUGGGCUGUGAGAACCCUCGUGGCUGGAUCACCGGUACACGCCCGCAUUGUGGCGUAUUCGUCAAAUGAGAUAUCGGAAAACG